AUGGAAGAAGACGACGCAGAAAUAUACGACGGAGUAAGAGCACAUUUCCCUCUAACAUUUGGCAAACAAUCAAAAUCUCAAACACCUCUCGAACAAAUCCACAACACCACUCGCCGAAAACCCACCACCACCUCCUCCCACGAAACCCAAUCUACUUCUCUUUCCUCUCUUUCAUCCUCUUCUAAAGCCUGGCUCGACUCUCUCCGCCCCACACCUAAAUCCUCCUCUAACCCUACCACUUCACUGGGACCGCCGCCACCGUCGUCUACUGAUUCCGAUUCAAUCGACGCCAAUGUUUCGAUUGGACCUCCUCGACCACCAGCUCGGGGUGUGGAUAACGAUGACGAUGAUGGGGAAGUUAUGGUGGGACCACCGCGGCCUCCGCCGGGGCUGGAUGAUGAGGAUGAUGAUGGUGUGCUGAUUGGACCACCACGUCCGCCACCACCGGCGGAUUCGGAUGAGGAGGAGGAGGAGGAGAAUCGGUAUCGGAUUCCAAUGAGUAAUGAGAUUGUACUUGAAGGCCACUCUAAGGUUGUUUCAGCUCUUGCUGUUGAUCAUACUGGGUCUAGAGUACUUUCAGGUAGUUAUGACUAUUCAGUUAGAAUGUACGAUUUUCAAGGGAUGAAUUCGCGUUUACAAUCAUUUAGGCAGCUUGAACCAUCUGAAGGUCAUCAAGUUCGUAAUUUGAGCUGGAGUCCUUCUGCAGACCGGUUUUUAUGCGUCACUGGUUCUGCUCAAGCAAAGAUAUAUGACCGUGAUGGGCUUACGCUAGGUGAGUUUGUUAAGGGGGAUAUGUACAUUCGUGAUUUAAAGAAUACUAAGGGUCACAUAUCUGGAUUGACUUGCGGAGAGUGGCAUCCUAAAGCCAAGGAGACAAUUCUAACAUCGUCAGAGGAUGGUUCACUACGUAUAUGGGAUGUGAAUGAUUUCAAAAGUCAAAAGCAGGUCAUUAAACCAAAGCUUGCUCGGCCUGGAAGAGUUCCAGUUACCACAUGUUCUUGGGAUCGUGAAGGAAAACGCAUUGCUGCCGGCAUUGGAGAUGGUUCUAUACAGAUAUGGAGCCUUAAGCCUGGAUGGGGAAGCAGGCCAGAUGUUUUUGUUGAGAAAGGUCAUACAGAUGACAUCACUUGCCUCAAAUUUUCAAGUGAUGGACAAAUUCUACUCUCAAGAAGCUUUGAUGGCUCACUGAAGGUUUGGGAUUUGCGGCAAAUGAAAGAGGCCCUUCAGGUCUUUGAGAAUCUUCCAAAUAACUAUGCUCAAACAAAUAUUGCAUUUAGUCCUGAUGAGCAACUUUUCUUGACUGGAACAUCAAUCGAAAGGGAGAGCAAAACGGGAAGUAUGUUGUGCUUUUAUGAUCGGGCAAAACUUGAACUUGUUUCAAGAGUUGGUAUUUCUCCGACUUGCAGUGUUGUGCAGUGUGCUUGGCAUCCAAAGCUAAAUCAGAUCUUUGCAACAGCUGGAGAUAAAAGCCGAGGAGGAACCCACAUAUUAUAUGACCCAACCCUCAGUGAGAGAGGAGCUCUUGUAUGUGUUGCACGUGCUCCUCGGAAAAAAUCUUUGGAUGAUUUUGAGGUGCAGCCUGUCAUUCACAACCCUCAUGCACUACCCUUGUUUAGAGAUCAGCCAAGCCGAAAGCGUCAGCGAGAGAAAACAUUGAAGGAUCCCCUCAAGUCUCACAAACCUGAACUUCCAAUUACCGGACCAGGUUUUGGUGGAAGAGUUGGUGUUAGUAAAGGAAGCUUAUUGACCCAAUAUCUUCUUAAGCAAGGGGGAAUGAUCAAAGAGACAUGGAUGGAGGAAGACCCACGAGAAGCCAUAUUGAAGUAUGCUGAUGCUGCAGAAAAAGAUCCCAAAUAUAUUGCUCCAGCAUAUGCGCAAACCCAGCCUGACCCAGUUUUUGCGAAGUCAGAUUCUGAGGAUGAAGAAAAAUGA